UCGCUGGCCGCGCUGUUGACAGUCGGAGAGACACAGAGGGGCGCAGUAUAAAUUAUUGGCGGCUCUUACUCGUUAUUCUCGUCUGGAAGGCGUGCUUUCUUUUUAUUUUACAGUCCAAACCCCCAGGAUUCGGCGUGACGAGACAACAGAAAAUGAGUUCCAUUAACGUGAAAAAGCUGAAAGUGAACGACUUGAAAGACGAGUUGAAAAAGCGGCAGCUCUCCGACAAGGGGCUGAAGGCCGAACUGAUGGACCGGCUGCAGGCCGCACUCGACGAGGAGGCCAAAGCCGGCGGAGGGGUUACCGGGCCUGACGGCGAAGAGAACGGGGCGGAGGAGGCAGGCGGCAGCGAGGAAAUGGGCCAGGAACUGGAAGAAGCAGCCGGCGAAAACAUGGAGGCUGCUGAGGAGGAAGGAGGCGGGGGUGAAGCGGGUGCAAGUACCGCGGCUGCAAGCGCAGAAGCCGACAGGGAAGGGCAGGAGUUUAUCGAUGAUGAGAUGGGAGAGAGAGGAGGCGAGGAAGAUGAAGACGCCGGUGCUGAAAUGGAUAAGUUCGACGACGAUGAGGAUGUUGGGAUCGAGGUGGACAAGUUUGACGAUGAAGACGAUGGCCCCGGAUCACAGUCUACCGAAGAAGAAUCUGGGAAAGAUCAGAAAGCUGACCAGAACAAGAAAGGGGUAAAACGACGCCGGGAAGAGCAUGGAAGAGGCUAUUUUGAAUUUAUUGAAGAAAACAAAUAUAGCAGGGCCAAGUCUCCCCAGCCACCUCUUGAGGAGGAAGAUGAAGAGUUUGAUGAUACAACAGUUUGCCUUGACACCUAUAACAGUGACCUUCACUUCAAAGUCUCAAGAGAUCGGUACAGCGCAUCCUCUUUGACCAUGGAGAGCUUUGCCUAUCUCUGGGCUGGAGGAAGAGGUUCCUACGGAGUUACAAAAGGAAAAGCCUGCUUUGAAAUGAAGUUUACAGAGAAAAUUCCAGUGAAACAUGUGUCAAGCAAGGGGAUUGAAAUUCAUGAAGUGCAGGUUGGCUGGUCUCUGCAAAAUGGCAGCUUGCUGCUUGGCGAGGAAGAGUUUUCCUAUGCAUAUUCAGCAAAGGGAAAGAAGACCACUGACUGUGUCACAGAGGACUUUGGGGAGACGUAUGAUGAAGAGGAUGUUAUCGGUUGCUUUAUUAAUUUUGAAGGUGAGGAAGUGGAGCUCUCCUAUUCCAAGAACGGACAGGAUCUUGGAGUUGCAUUCAAAGUCGGCAAAGAAGCCCUUGCUGAAAGGGCCUUGUUCCCUCAUGUUCUGUGCCACAACUGUGCAGUAGAUUUUAACUUUGGGCAGCUAGAGACGCCAUACUUCCCUGUCCCUGAGGGGUACACCUUCCUUCAGAAGAUCCCAGUAGAGGAGCGAGUGCGUGGUCCAAAGGGGCCUGAAACAAAACAGGAGUGUGAGGUUAUCGUGAUGGUCGGCCUGCCUGGCGCUGGAAAGACGGCCUGGGUCACAAAGCACACAGAGGAGAACCCUGGGAAGUACAAUGUUCUCGGCACAAACACAAUCCUAGAGAAAAUGAUGAUUUCAAGUUUGAAACGGCAGAUGAUGGACACUGGAAAGCUUACUGCAAUUUCUCAACGUGCUCCCCUGUUUCUGGGUAAAUUCAUUGAGAUUGCAGCCCGCAAGAAGCGCAACUACAUUCUGGAUCAGACUAAUGUAUCGGCUCCAGCACAGAGACGGAAGAUGUGCCUGUUUGCUGGCUUCCAGCGCAAGGCAGUUGUGGUCUGUCCGUCCGAUGAAGACUACAAACAGCGAACACAGAAAAAAGCAGAAUCAGAUGGCAAAGACCUGCCUGAGCAUGCAGUGCUGAAAAUGAAAGGUAUUUAUACACUGCCAGAGGAGGGGGAGUGUUUUAAUGAAGUCAGUUACGUAGAGCUGCAGAAGGAGGAGGCAAAGAAACUCUUGGAACAGUACAAGGAGGAGAGCAAAACAACACUGCCACCAGAGAAGAAGCAAAACCAGGGAGGACCUGUCAAGAAAGGGGGAAACCGGGGGAGAGGGGUGAAGAACCAGUUCAACAGAGGUGGUGGAGGAGGGCAAGGACCGAGGGGAGGCCGCGGGGGAUUCCAGAACCACCGGGGCAACUUCAGAGGAGUUCCAGGAAACCGUGGUGGAUUCAACAGGCCCCCCAGAGGGUUUCUUCCUCCCCCUGCUUUCAGGGGGGGCUUUCCUAACCGUGGAAACUUCAACAGGGGUGGAGGCAUGCCCAGCCGAGGAGGACCACCAAGGGGCAACAUGAACAGAGGAGGGGGUGCAAUGAGCAGGGGCAACAGCAACCGAGGGGGGGCAAACCGAGGCAACUUUACCCAGAAAUUCCGAGGCAGAGGUGGAAACAGCCGUGGCUUCAAGAAUGGAAACUACAACAUGGACAAGGCUCAGGCCUUCAAUCAGAGCUGGCAGCAAGGGUUCUGGAGUCAGAAGCCCUGGAGUCAGCAAUACCACCCAGGAUAUUACUAAAUGCUGCAAUGGACUGAUGCUGCAGCAGGCUCGCUCAGCAAACCUUCAGAUUUUUUUUUUUUUAUUUAGUCUCACUUUUAAAACAAAAUACAGAAAAGAAGAGAAAACAUUCCACAAUGAGAAGUGCCUGUGGGUUCUCUUGGAAGCUUUAUGGGUUCAUUUUGACUUAUUUUUGUAAAUUUUUUAAUUGCGAUGCUUUAACGUGUAAUGUAAGGAACCCCGGCAUUGUGCAAGAUGGGAUGUUUUAGUAUUUCAGGGUUUUGCAUUUUAUCUGUAAAAUGUGAUUUUUACUCCAGUAAAAUGACCAGAUUCUUUGUUGCGUAGUACCAGUUGUCUUUAUUCUAGUGUUUUAACUUUCACAUCUAAUCGGGAGGAAUAGGAUCCUUUUAGAAGCAUGUAGCCACGUGUGUAGUCGUAUCAUAGUCCUGCAGCAUUGUUUAGAGUUCUGAACUAACAGGUGAAGCUUUGACAGUUACGUUGUGUUGACAAAAAAAAAAGCUUCAUUUGUUGGGUAAGAUGACAUCCACUUGUAAACAAAUAACUAGGUUUACAAUAAAGGGUUCUUUUUUUUUUUGCCUUUUUUUUUUUUGCUUUUUUCCUUGUAUUGCUUGUGUGUGUGUUUCACAAUCACAUCCAAAGGAUUAGUUGUUUCUUUUGAAUGUGACCUGGAAACCUGUGUUGUGAGGGAACAUCUACCCUUGUUAGUUAGCUUGAUUUCUGUUUGAAUUGCAAUGUGGGCAGAAAGCAAAACUGCAACUUGUGUUAACUUAAUAUAAUCUGAACUAUUGUGUCUGGUGGUCCCUUUUUAAAUGUAACUACUGGGGAGCACUAUAGAAUAGAAACUACUGUGGUCUAAACCCACUCUUCCUCCACUUGAGACCCAUUUUAUCUUCCCUUCACAAGCAUAGAUGGAUGGAGCAGCCCACAACAUCUGUGAAGCCCAGAUUGUUACAGAUCCAUUCCAGAAGGGCGUCCCAUCAGGGGAGAGGUCUAGGUGGAGUGGGGAGCACUUUUUAAUGCUAUUCUUAGUUUUUAAAGCCUAUUUGAAGUUUAAUUUCACAGGACAAGGUAUGGCUCCAUGCAUUUGUUUGGGUUCACUCAUUGAAGUGGAAAGUUACUUGAAAUUUUAUAAAAUAAAGCCUUUUAAAUAAAAUGUGUCAAUCAAGUA